UCCCUCCGGUAGUUUUCCCUCUAGGUCUCUCUCCCCCGCUCUAUCCUCACCAAAGCUGUUAAGGCUACUUUGCGCAUGUACGGCCAGCCGCACCGAGCAUUGCAUCGACACCAAGAUGGCGAAAACACGUCUGGCUUGCCUCCUGACUCUCCUCUCAACUCACUGUUACUUCAGUGCGUUGGCAGUGGUGCUAAAAACAAGUGAGGAAUCCCCCUCCACAGACGAAUUUAACAGGGUCGAGUUGUCAUGUUUGAUUGAGUCCAUAUCCACAACAAACCCACGGAUCGAAUGGAAAAAGAUCACCAACAACAAGCCGAGUUACGUUUACUUCGACAGGAAGAUCUCAGGUGACUUGGAGAACAGAGCCUUGAUCAGAGAGCCGGCAACAUUGGUGAUAACCAACGCCACAAGGUCAGACACAGCCAAAUACCGCUGUGAGGUCACCGCCGCUGACGAUGCCAAGUCAUUUGACGAGAUUGUGAUCGACCUCAUAGUGAGAGUGAAGCCGGUGGUGCCAAAAUGCAGCGUUCCAAAGUCUGUGCCUUUCGGGAAGUUAGCCGAGCUCAGCUGCGUGGAGGAGGAGGGCUUCCCCAAGUCUCAGUACCAGUGGUUCAAGAACAGCGAGGAGAUUCCAGAGGACCCCAAGUCCAGUCCCAAAUUCCUUAACUCCUCAUACACGCUCAACACAGGAACAGGAACUCUGAGAUUCACGUCAGUCAUAAAAGAAGAUGCAGGCGAGUAUUACUGCCGAGCGAAGAACGAUGCAGGACAUGCUCAGUGUGCAGCCCAGAAGAUGGAAGUGUAUGAUAUUGACAUUGUGGGGAUCGUACUGGGAGUGCUGGUGGUGGUUAUUGUGCUCCUAUGUAUAACGGUGGGAAUUUGCUGUGCAUACAAACAAGGCUACUUCUCCACUCAGAAACAGACCGGAAACAACUACAAAGUUCCAGCCAAGGGAGACGGAGUGGACUACGUCAGGACAGAGGACGAGGGGGAUUUCCGACACAAGUCAUCAUUUGUGAUCUGAUGACGGAACAAGGACAGUGAGGGCUGCCGCGCUCCGAGUCGUGACACGCGGGCCCGCCCUCCACGCUGCUGGACCGCCGAGCUGCAACAGGCCGAGCUCCGGAGUUCGCAGCGGGACUGAAACCCAACCACUCAAACUUGCCAAAGGUGACAGGAGCUCGCAGGCCACAAGAUGUACAAAAUAUUAUCACCCUCAUUUGAGUUUUGUUUGCUAAAUUAUGGUUCUUCAUUUCCAGUCAUUGCAUGGUUUUUAACAUAAGCUGAGGAGGCAGGAAGGAAGCAUCUCUGAUGUGCCAGGUAGAAACGGAGGAGGCAGUCUAUCAUGUCAACUUUCUACUGUAAACAUUUAGCUUUUGUCAUUUGUAUAACAUUUGUUUUCUACUGUUGAAACACUAUUUUUGAUGGAAUAUAUUUUAAAAUGCCUAUAGAUAAAAGUUUACUUUUUUAAAUAUUUGUAAUAUACUAA